UGCGGGUGCGUGUGGCCCGCGUCUCGGCGCAGGACCGUUGCGGACCGGGCCGCCGCGCCCGCAAUAAGGCCGGAUCACUGGCCCACCUGAGCCACUCGGGGCGUGAACCCCCGCCCGCCACGGCUCAUCCCGCGCUCAUCACCAGCCGCCCCCGCGCCAGUUGAACGCCGCCACUCCACGCGCGCACCACGCCAUGCGAGGCGCGCACUGACCCGCUCACACGCCCACACACCCGUCAAGUGAUACACAGUGGACACAGUGAGAGCCCUCGAGAUGAACCUGCUACACCCUGACCGCGGGGCGCUCUACGCCAACAUGCUGGGCUCGAUGGGCUCAACGAGCGCCUCCCUCCCCCAGCGCUCCCCCUUCGCCAUCCAGGAGCUCCUCGGUCUGGGGUCCUCGGAGGGCCAAAGGUCACCGCCAGGUCUGGGGUCGCCACCUUCCAUCACGCCCUCCGCCCUGGGCACGUCUCUGGGCACCUCCGCCUACACGGCCGCCCGCACCCUCGCCUCCCAGGCCUCCCAGCUGCUGGAGCCCUUGGUGGUGGGUGCGGGCGCGGGCGUGGGUAUGGGUGCCGGCAUGCGGGGUUACUUCGGUCAGUUCAACCCCUUCAGCCCCGGUCCUCCCCAAAUGUUGGCUCUUGACCCCGCCCUCAGACACGACGCCCACCACCACGCCCACGCCCAUCCAGGUAACGCGUACUCCUACUCAGGCUUCAGCUCAGAGUCAUUGCUAGGGAAGCCCGGUGAUCCUUCCUCCCUCGGCCUCUCAAGGAAAAAGAAGAAGAAGAGAAGACACAGGACUAUCUUCACAUCCUACCAGCUGGAGGAGUUAGAGAAGGCCUUUAAGGACGCCCACUACCCCGACGUGUACGCCCGUGAGAUGUUGUCCCUCAAGCUAGACCUUCCCGAGGACAGGAUACAGCUUAUUCAAUACAAUUCCUACUUUAUCCAGCCAUUCGUAUCUCAGCUUUACUUAGAGAUGGACCAUUCCUGGUUUAGCCGACGCAUUCCUAGUGCAGUAUUCCAAGGACACUUUAUGUUCGUUCUAGGAUUCCCAUUCCAGUUACCUCAAAAGAUGAUUCCUACCUGA